AUGACGGAACAGCAUGGCGAUGACGUACCGCCACCCUCUGCCCCUCGACAACCAGAAACAGGCAGGAAACGCACCCGCCAGGUGCUUGUCUGCAUGAGAUGCAAGAGUCUCAAGCUCAAGUGCGACCUCGAGAAGCCUUGUGCUAGUUGCAAAAGAGCGAACCUGAAGGAUGGCUGUGUGUAUAAGCCCUGGCCGAGUGAAGAUGACAUCCGACCUGCCAAACGAAAGAGCAGAGCUAGAAGAGGAUCUCUGAGUGCUCACAGCUCCGAGCAUAGGGCGGAGCUCCACUCUCCUUUGGGGGACCGGAUGGAGCAGCUCGAAAACACUGUGGCGGACCUCGUCUCCCAGCUGCACUCCCAACAUUCCCCUCGCCCUGCUCUCGCCCCUCCCGCGCCUUCCGAGACUCAGUGGAGACAUCUUCUCGACAUGCUCCCUCCUAGAGACAUCUGCGAGGAUCUGCUGGACAGAUUCGAGCUCUUCGAUAUUAUGUUUCGGUCUACGCAUAUGCCUUCUUUUAGACGGCGCGCGACCUGCAUUCUGCCCGGUGCCCUAUCAAUAGGGGUGCGCUGUCCCCCUUCGAGGUCUGCGGUGGAUCUUGCGUCGCCUACAAUAUUUCCCUCGCACUUGGACGAUCUCUACCGUCGACUCGUCUCUUUCACCGAGAACAAAUCCGACACCAAACACAUCACCCUCGACUAUGUCCACGCGCUUUCUCUGGAGGGGUGGCGGUCGAUGUAUGACAACGAUAUGACUGUCGCCCAAUCGUGGAUACUGAGUGGCAAGGUAGCCAACGCGGCGUUAUUCUUGAAGCUGGACAGGGACCCGUCAGAGUUGGGUCAGGCAAUGGAGACCUUUGAAGCUGAGAUGAGAAGACGACUUUGGUGGCAAGUGGUCAUCAGCGAUACUUUUGUCACCAAAUACCUCGACAUUCCAAAGUCGAUGAUCUCCCUAAUUGCUACCAGUACUAGAAUGCCCGCCGCCAUUCCCGACAUCUCACUCGAACCCCCCAAUCCUAGUCUCGAGUCAGGUAUACCUGAAUGGUCAUACAUCAACUCCAAAAUUGCCUUUACGUCCGUUCUCGCCCGCUUGGGCGAAAUCAAACAAUCCCACGGCACAGUACUCCCUCGUGAAGAUCUACGGCAGUGCAUUAGCAUCAUCGACACAUACGAGCAGAACCUCGAGCCACAUCUCCGCGCCAAUCGAGGUGCUGUCAGGCUAGAACCUCCCUGGGUCUACGCCCAAGCAUGUGUCGUGUCGAUGGGCAGCUGCAACACUGUCAUCCAGCUCUGCCAGCAAGCAAUGGCUACGCGAUUGCCGGAUGAUCGGGCCUUUGCCCUGUCCCUCGCUGUUGAGCGCUCGCGGAGUCUUGUCACUACUGCCCGUGCCUACGUGGACCACCGGCUCUUCCGCUGGCCUGAUUGUCCUCCUCUCAACCUCUGGACUUUUGGCUCCAAGGUUUUCAACGCCGGCAUAAUGCUGGCGUGCAGUCUCCUUUCAUCGCCACGAGAUCCCGGCUUCAAUCUCGACCCGGAUCAAAGAUUGGAGUUGGUGGAUAUGGCGAUCGGAGCUCUGGCGUUUUCGAUACAGGAGAACCAAGGGGAGACGUUGAAUGAGAGGGCUUUGAAGACCUUGAGAACUUGGAGGUCGAAAGUGGCCAAUGGUGGACAGGAGCUGGGGUCGGGAGAAGGGUUGCUGAAUCCGUAUACGGGACAGGGUGUAUCGAUCCUCGAGGGAAAGACGGGUGCUGUAGCGGUGGAGGACGUUUGGAAGAGCUUCAGCUGGGAUCUGCAGUAUCUUGAAUUGUUCGAUUGGAGCACGUGGUUGGCGUCGAUGAUGACGGACGCCUGUUCCACAACUGGUGAUUGA